AGUCAGCAGAAGCCAUCGAUCUUUACGUGUGUGCGGUAGUCGAAGAAAAUUUCUGCCAAAAAAGGAAACGUCUCCGAUUUGAGUGUUGAAUACUGCCCCGGUAAGCCAACCGAUCGUAUCUUCCGUUCUUUUUAUCGGUGAAAUUUUGAUUAAACUAGUGGAAUAAAAGUGAACGCUUGUGGUAUCGGAACUGUAUUUCGGUGUACCGUUGUUUAAAAGUGUUAUCGGAACCCGGCGCUAUUGGAUUUUGAAACCUAUUUCGAAAGUUUCGUCUGGUGUCGUCGGCUAGUCUUCAUCAACAUGGCCUAUUCGAAUAAAUUCAUCUAUUCCUCCCUGCCCCGGACACAGCGUGGUCAACCCAUCGUUCUGGGGGGCGACCCCAAGGGAAAGAACUUUCUUUACACCAACGGUCACUCGGUCAUCAUCCGGAACAUAGAAAGCCCGGAAAUCGCCGACAUCUACACGGAACACUCGUGUCAGGUGAAUGUGGCGAAAUAUUCGCCGAGCGGCUUCUACAUCGCUUCCGGUGAUCAGUCGGGCAAGAUUCGCAUCUGGGACACGGUCAACAAAGAGCAUAUUCUGAAGAAUGAAUUUCAACCGAUCGCCGGUCCCAUCAAGGACAUCAGCUGGUCACCGGACAGCCAGCGAAUCGUGGUCGUGGGCGAAGGUCGCGAGCGAUUCGGACAUGUUUUCAUGGCUGAGACGGGAACAUCGGUCGGUGAAAUUUCCGGCCAAUCGAAACCGAUCAAUUCGUGUGAUUUCCGGCCGGCUCGGCCAUUCCGGAUUGUGACCGGUUCGGAAGACAACACCAUCGGCGUUUUCGAGGGUCCUCCAUUCAAGUUCAAAAUGACCAAACAGGACCACACGCGGUUUGUGCAGGCUGUGAGAUAUUCUCCCAGCGGUCAUCUGUUUGCAUCAGCUGGUUUCGAUGGAAAGGUCUUUUUGUAUGAUGGAACAACGUCGGAAUUGAAAGGCGAAAUUGGGUCGCCGGCUCAUGGUGGUGGUGUUUAUGGAGUCGCCUGGAAGCCUGACGGAACCCAACUGCUGACCUGUUCUGGUGACAAAACAUGCAAGCUAUGGGACGUCGAAACUCGUGAAUUAAUUUCAGAAUUCCCUAUGGGAACGACAAUCGACGAUCAACAGGUAUCCUGUCUUUGGCAAGGCGAUCAUGUCUUAUCGGUCUCUCUCUCAGGAUUUAUCAACUACCUCGAUGUUAACAACCCAACAAAACCAUUGCGCAUAGUUAAGGGACAUAAUAAACCAAUCACUGUGGUGACGCUUAGUGAAGACCGCAGCACUAUCUAUACGGCGAGCCACGAUGGUGCAGUUACGAACUGGAACUCGGGAUCGGGAACCAACGAUCGCAUCUCCGGUGUUGGUCAUGGAAAUCAGAUCAAUGACAUUCGCGCUUCAGGAGAUUUUGUGUACACAGCCGGAAUCGACGAUUCGAUUAAACAGAUCAGUAUUGAGGGCAAUCGGUACACUGGUAUCGAAUCGAAGCUAAGCUGUCAGCCUCGUGGAAUGGAUAUUCUGAAGGAGGGCAACAUUGCGGUGGUUGGCUGCGUGAAGGAUGUGACAGUACUGCAGGACAAUCGGAAGGUCAGCUCAAUUCCGAUUAGCUUCGAGUCUAGCUGCGUGAGCAUCAAUCCGGAAACGCUGGAUGUGGCCGUGGGUGGUGAUGAUCAUAAAGUACACAUUUACAGUUUGAGUGGCACCACGCUCAGCCCGAAGCUCGAGCUGGAACAUCUAGGGCCGGUCACCGAUUGCAGAUACUCACCGGACAACAAACUGCUGGUGGCGUGCGAUGCCAACAGGAAAGUCAUCCUGUACAGUGUUCCUGAGUAUAAG